GCACUCCUCAAGAAAAGCCUAGAGAGAUACACGGCCGGCACCUUGGAGAGAUAUCUGGCUGCAUCCAAACAGUUCAUAGACUUCCUUGGCCUUAGCCACCGCACCCUAACCGAUAUUGACGUCGCCUUCUUAGCAGACUUUCUUCAUGCUUGUGAGAACAGCCUCGAGGAAGACAGAGAGGUUUGCAAAAUUGGCCAAAGGCCUACUCUUAAAGCACUCUCAUGGUUAGGCCGGAACGCCUACGUCUCCGUGCUUCAGCCGAUCCUGCAGGCAAGCCUCAUUAAAGCAUUCCUCACACAGCCCACAUCAGACCGGAAAGAAGCCCUGCCUUUGCCUCUAGCGGUGGUAGUGGAGUGGGAAAGGUACAUAUGUACACCCCACUGCCCACAAGACCUACGACUCCUACUAGGUGGCCUCUUGCUGGCUCUCCACGGGGGCGUCAGGUUUGGCGAUCUGCAGCGAAUACGCCUAAACAGCCUAUCCCUCACGAGCUCUAGCCUAAGAGGAGUCUGUUGGCAGACGAAGACCGCCAAGCGUGGGCAGCCAUUUGCAGUCACACUUCACGGCCUCUCGGGCAGAUCGGUGGAAUCCCUCUGGGAUCUUCCGUUCCUGCAGGCAGUGCAGUCCGCCUGGUCAGCCACUGAGAAAGCUUUGGGAGCUCCGGUAGUUCCGGAUUUCAUCCUACCGGUGCUCACCAACCUGGGUGGCCUUUCUCGACCAGCCUCUACCUACGCAAAGCCUAUGUCCUAUAGCCAAAGCCUGGCGGCAAUGCGCCACUUCUUGACCAUUCCCUGGCAAGAUGCCACCAAACCCACUCCAGUGACUGCAGAAGAAAGCCGAGCGUUUACUCUGCACAGCCUCAAAGCAAGACAACAUCAAGGGCUGGAGGCCAGCCAGGCCUAUAGCCAGGGGGGGACAACCCCCGUUUCAACCUUCGGCGAGGGGGUCUCGCGCUUCGGAAACCCAAAGGAAGCAGACCUAGAGAGCUUCCCUCCAGCAGACCCACCCGAGCCUCCUCCUCUAGAACCGGAGCUGGGCCUACCACCCAAGCCUACGCCUCCGCCCAUACCAGAGUACGACACCGAGGCACUACUGGUGGAAAAGUUCGCCAACCAAGCCCACAGCUCCUCCGAAUCCGAGAACGAACAGGAGGAGGCCCAAACCAUGGAGCUCUCCACAUUCAGCCUUUUCCGCAAUGGCCCAUGGGGAGUGAUCCAUGCUUGCCGAGAAAGAGAAGAAAGAGCAGCCUGCGGAGCGUCUAAGACCUCCGCAGCCUUCGCUCCCUCCUCCGAUCCCUCCAUGGAGCUGGAGAAGUUUUGCAAGGACCAUGGGGUCCAUGAAGUCCUGGCCCAAGCUCUCACCCUUAAGGGGUUGGAGACAGUGGACGAUUUUGCCUAUGCCUUUCCGGAGCUCCGAAGCCUCGACUCCCUUCUUUCGGGACUUUCGGAAUCGGACCUGAGCGAUAUGGGGUCUACGGAUCAGUUCCACGGGAUCCAUGCGGCCAGGCUCCGCAAAGCCUUAAGAUUCGCCCACGAUCGCAGCCAACAGCCGGCUGAAUUGGUUGCCGACUUUAAGACCAACUACCCAGGAGAGUUGCUGGACGAUGAACUGCUCGCAGCCGAUCGCAAGAUCUGGGGCACUAUAGGUAAGGGGGGCAAACAGGGGAAAGGCCUAGCCAACAAAGCCAAGUCCGAAGACUGGCCCUCCAAUUGGGUCUACAAGGCCCAUGGCAAAGUCCUAUGCAAGCGCUACCAGCGCAACCUAUGCACAGAGGAUCGCCAAUCUCAGGCCCCCCAACCGGAGCACGAAGUGCAAAGCCACUCUCCAAACAAGACAGUGGUGGCAUCUCAGUCCCAGCAGGACCCACCCAGGGUUCCUAGGCUGCAGGAGAGGUUUGAGCCCCUUCAGGUCCUGCUCCUAGACACCUCGGGGGACUUAGGAAUUAGCUGCUUGUCUACACGGCUCUGCCUUUCACAUGUGCCCCAGUCCGCGCCCGGGGGAAGUGGUGCUGGCUUCCACCAGAAUGCCUACGUGGCCAUGCCCAGACUCGGCCUCCGGGCCUUUUGUCACCCACCGCCCGCCCAUCUGCGACGGCGCCGGAGCACCCAGCUCAGCAGACCAUAG